AUGGCCCGCCCCGUGCUGUUGCCCUUCGUUGCCGCGCUGGCUGCCUUCUACGGUGCCGCAAGCUUCGUGGGCUCCUUUAGCGGCAGCCGCGCCUGCAGCCGCGUGCCCGCGCGAGUGAGCGCAGAGUACCUGGAGCGCUGCGGCCCCAAGGACUCGGACGUGCCCUUCGGCAGCGCCAGUGCCACGGGACCUGGUGCCACCGUGGAGUUCAAGAAGCGGCCUUUCGGCAUCCUGCGCUACCAGCCGGGCCAGGGCGGAAAGGGAGCCAUGGCUAUGGAGAUCAUCCCCAAGUCCAGGUACCCCGGUGAUCCUCAGGGACAGGCCUUCGCGGCAGGUGUGCAGAGCGGAUGGGUGGUCGCCUCCAUCAACGGCCAGGACAUGCUCAACGAGGAUUUCGGCAAGAUCAUGGACAUGUUGGACGAUGAGGUGGCUGAUCCUCGCUUCUCCAAGUCGACUGCUUUGGCUCUUGAGAAGCAGGGUGGGCGUUUGGCCGAGCCUGUCGAGGCCCCACUCUCCGUGGUAUUCAACUCCAUCCCAGGCUACACCUACAAGGGCGCUGCGCUGACAGAGGACGGCCAGGACGGUUUGGCCAAGCACAUUGGCGGUCUCUUUCUGCUUCUCGGCCUGCGAUUGCGACUCCUUCUAGGCAAGUCCUGGACCUGCUAUGACAGCCGACUUCCAGCAGAAAGCUCUUUCCUGCCACGCAGCAUCUUUGACCUGAUCAUGAUGAAGCAGGCCGCGCCCUUGCAACUCGCACCCCGCGCCCUCGCGACUAUCAUGGCCCGCCCCGUGCUGUUGCCCUUCGUUGCCGCGCUGGCUGCCUUCUACGGUGCCGCAAGCUUCGUGGGCUCCUUUAGCGGCAGCCGCGCCUGCAGCCGCGUGCCCGCGCGAGUGAGCGCAGAGUACCUGGAGCGCUGCGGCCCCAAGGACUCGGACGUGCCCUUCGGCAGCGCCAGUGCCACGGGACCUGGUGCCACCGUGGAGUUCAAGAAGCGGCCUUUCGGCAUCCUGCGCUACCAGCCGGGCCAGGGCGGAAAGGGAGCCAUGGCUAUGGAGAUCAUCCCCAAGUCCAGGUACCCCGGUGAUCCUCAGGGACAGGCCUUCGCGGCAGGUGUGCAGAGCGGAUGGGUGGUCGCCUCCAUCAACGGCCAGGACAUGCUCAACGAGGAUUUCGGCAAGAUCAUGGACAUGUUGGACGAUGAGGUGGCUGAUCCUCGCUUCUCCAAGUCGACUGCUUUGGCUCUUGAGAAGCAGGGUGGGCGUUUGGCCGAGCCUGUCGAGGCCCCACUCUCCGUGGUAUUCAACUCCAUCCCAGGCUACACCUACAAGGGCGCUGCGCUGACAGAGGACGGCCAGGACGGCUUCGCGCGCUGA